GAGUGGAGAUUAAGCUCCCACUGAGCCAGAUAAACCCUAGAUGGAUUGAGAAGGGGAAUUGCAGUCGACAAUUCAGGUGAUCCAAUGAUAUCAGAGAUUGAAUCGACGACGAGGAUCGAAGCAGAUCUUACACAGGGAAGCCAAUAGAUAAUGGAAAGGAUUGCUUUUCUUUUCCUUAGCUUGCUUCGAAAUCCAGAAUGCAGUGACAAAGCUUCUGAGCGAAGUGCUAAUGAGUCUAGAUCUCGCUCGCUGAAUAUUCUGUUGCCUUGGUCCGAUCCUCUUUCUGGUUUUCCGCCUCUCCACUGUCGAAAAAAUGAAAUAUGCUCGCUGGCUGGAUCAGCAUUCAUCAGUGGAAGAGGAAUUGUAGCGGGUAGGAAAAAGUGGAGGGAGGAGAGAAAGGCAACAGGCUAGACCGGGCCAAUGCUGCUGAGAUGGGCCGG